CAACCCGAGCAGCGCCUGGAGAGCCCACGGAGCUCCGAGCCCGCUGGACAGAGCCCAGCCUCAGGACACUGCCAGGACCGGUGCCUUCUCACCACGAUGAAGUCGUUGGUUUCUUGGCAGCUGAUGAUUUUCCUCUGUGCCACCUCGUUGAGGGAGACAUUUGAAAAGCUGGCACCCAUGGAGAAUCCUAGACCAACAGGCCAGCGGCUCGGACCCCAGGCCCUCCUGGCCCCGUGGGAGCAGAGCCCUCGGUGCGCAGAAAGAAAGCCCACCGGUGCCCGGCCCAGACUGCGGGGGCCCUGGCUGUGCCCGCCUCCCGAGAGCUCUGCGGGGCCCCAGCGGCCAGGCCUGUGCGCCCCCCGCAGCCGCCUGAUCCCCGCCCCCCGGGGCGCGGUGCUGGUGCAGCGGGAAAAGGACCUGUCGGCCUACAACUGGAACUCCUUCGGCCUGCGCUACGGCAAGCGCAAGCGGCAGACUGCCCCUCCAGCAAGGCUCGGCGGGGGCGCUGGGCGUGGCUGA